AGAGGGGGACUCAGGUCACAGAGCCCACCCACACCUCCUUCCUCUUCUGGGCGCUAACGGAGAGCACAGAGAAACACCAGCAGCUCCGACCUGAGCAGCCUUCCUGGGAAGAUGCAGCCACCCCUGCUCCUGCUCCUGCUGGCCUUUUUCCUACUCCCCGGAGCGGAGGCAGGUGAGAUCAUCGGGGGACAUGAAGCCAAGCCCCACUCCCGACCCUACAUGGCCUACCUUCACAUUACAAAGGAGGAGAGGGAAUUCAUGUGUGGCGGUGUCCUUGUGGGAGACAACACUGUUCUGACAGCUGCUCACUGCAAUGGAAGGUCAAUCAAUGUCAUCCUGGGGGCCCACAACAUCAAAAAGGGGGAGAAAACCUGGCAGAUCAUCCCAGUGAAAAGAGCCAUCCCACACCCAGACUAUAAUGAGAAUAAUCUCUCCAAUGACAUCAUGUUACUGCAGGGGGACUCCGGGGGACCACUUCUGUGUAAAAAUGAGAUCCAGGGCAUUGUCUCCUAUGGAAGUGGUUGUUGUUGGGAACCUCCAACGGUCUACACGAAAGUCGCCAGUUACCUUUUCUGGAUAAAGAAAACCAUGAAAAAACUCCAACUGUAGAACCCAGACUAUCCUCUCUGGAGCUAAUCCAGAAUACACUGCGGGGAGGGAGGUGGUGCCAGCAACUGAAUAAAUGUC